CCGCCUCCUCAACCCUAACCCCCAAACUCAAGCGUGUCACUGCUCAUCGAUGUUCCCGUUCUACCGCCGUUCGCUGUUGUCUCAACCUCAUCCAGAGUCUUUCGCCUUUGAAUUAAAAUGGACAACGAUCUAACAUGCGCAAGAAAAAGACACAUGGGUUCCUAUGAAUCCUACCAAGGAAAAGUCUUUAAGAAAACCAGAGCAAAUGUUCAGUUUACAGACCUUCCUGAGGAUAUGCUAUCUAUGGUUCUAUCAAAGUUGCCACUAAAGGAUGCUGUAAGGAGUGGCAUUCUAUCAAGUAAAUGGAAAGAUAGGUGGAUGUUAUGCCCCAAACUAAGAUUUGAUGUUCUCACAGUGUCCAAGAAUGUGUUUUACGAACAACAAUACACUCAGAAAUUCAUUAAGACUGUGAAUGCAGUCAUGCAACAACAUCAGGGCAUGGUUGUUGAAGAGCUCAUGAUCAAAUUUGAGUUUGACUGCAGGAUACUAGAUCAUAUCAAUUCGUGGGUUGCUUUUGUUGUAUCAUCGCGGACGAAGAGCCUUGCCCUUGAUAUAGCACCAACCGAUUACUUCGGUCGUACUGAUCAGUACAGAUUUCCGCUCGAGCUUUUAGACAACAAAAGCAUAUUUCAGCUUCGUCAUCUAAAACUUAGCUUUGCAUCAUUUGAACUGCCCCCUCAAUUCAGCGGUUUUCCAAAUCUGAGAACACUUGACUUGUACUUGUUACGUGUCAGCCGGAAGGAUCUUCAAGAUAUGCUGUCAAAUUGCAUUAAUCUUGAGUGGUUCAGUAUAUUUAGAUGCCACCUGAAUGAUGAGCUGACAGUAGCUUGCCCAUUGUCAAAGUUAUUAUACUUCCGUGUUGUGCACUGCAGGAUAACAAAGAUAGUACUCAAUGCGGCAAAACUCAAAACUUUCAUUUUCUAUGGGCGUCUGUAUCCUGUUGACCUUGGGGAUGCUCCAAACUUGAUACACGCAUUUCUUGAUUUCUAUACCCCAGUGACUCUUGAACAUGCUUUGACUAUACUUCCCAAAGUGCUUCCAAGUGUUCAGGAUCUGACAUUGCGUGCUUCAUUUGAACUCAAGAUGCCCUUGUUGAUGGAGACCUCUUGCAAGUUUUCCCACUUAAAAUGUUUAGAUUUGUGGUUGAUUUUAGAUGACAAAGAAGUUGACAAUAUUCUGUCUUUGGCCUCACUUUUGAGGGCUGCUCCUUUCGUUGAAACGUUAGGGAUGAAUUUUCGUGUUUUUGGUGUCCCACAUCAUGUCUCAGAGCCUAUUAAAAGCAUUACCAGGUGUCCACAUAAUCAUCUGAAGAACCUGCAUAUUACAGGAUUUUCUGGAACAACAACACAACUUGAAUUUCUAGUGCAUGUUGUUGAAAGUGCCCAUGCCCUGGAGAUUUUGACGAUUAAUGGACCUAACAUAGCUCGCCGUGAUGAUAAAUGGCUAAUAAGAUUCCGUUCCCUAGUUCGAGAACUGGAGAGAAAAUAUCUUCAUGAAAUAAUUUCACCAAAUGUGAAGCUCUCCAUUUUCUCCCGGAAUUCUAAAAUGCUGGAAGGACAGAAACACAUGAGUUUUCUGGAAGAAAUCGACGCCGCCAUAUUAUAUUAUGCAACUCAUCAAUGAGGAGGCCAAGAUUUGGGUCACCGCGGGGUGAAACACUGGAGUCUUCCUUUGGUUUACAGGAAUUUGGUAGGAAUUAUGUAGGAAAAUAUCCCUUGAAUCUCUUUGAUUUGUAGGGAUGAUUUCCUAUUCCUAUGUAGGAUAGGAAACAAUCCUUCACAUUUCGAAGGAAAAAAAAUAUUAGUCUAGAUUCAGUUGAAAAAAAAUCUCAUCUUAUACAUCAGAUGACAUCUAUUUUCCUAUAGAAAUUCAGAUACGUGUCAUCUCACUCUCUAUGAUUUUCAUACCUAUGAUAUUCCUAUCCUAUGAGUCAAAGAAGUCCAGAGUAAUUUGAUGGCGCGGGAAUAAAAACUUUGUUGUAUUCCAAACUGUCGUUGUAAUGCACCUUCUUUUUCGAGCAUUAA